CGCGGCUCACACUGGUCAGCCACUAUAAAAGAUAGAGUUCAAUUCACAGCGGUCGUCACUGGUCUUUGGGAUAACCGAGGCACAACAGGCUACCAGAACCGGGAUGAAAGUGUUCCUGUGCGUCGCUGCCCUGCUCGUGGGCAGCGCCUUGGGAGACCCGGGUCACUUCGGAGGCUACGGCGGUGGUGGCGGCGGCUACGGAGGCGGUGGCGGCGGCUAUGGUGGCGGUGGCGGCCACGGCGGUCACGGCUGGUACGAGCCGCACCUGACUCUCGUCGUCAAGAAAGUCCACAAGCCUGUGCCCGUUCCGCACCCCGUUCCGGUUCCGGUGCCAUACCCGGUACACAAGCCCGUGCCCGUGUACAAGCAAGUGCCUGUGCCCAAGCCCUACCCAGUUCCGCACAUCAUUCACCAGUACUACCCCGUGCCCAAAGUGUACCACGUCCACAAGUCCGUGCCUGUGCCCCACAAGGUGACCAUCCACAAGCCCUACCCAGUCCCGUACCCGGUCAAGGUGCCCAAGCCCUACAUCGUCCACGUGCCCAAGCCCUUCAUUGUGCACAAGCCUUUCCCCGUCCCGGUGACCGUGCACGUGCCCAAGCCAUACCCCGUGCACAUCCACAAGCACGUGCCCGUCCCCUUCACCAAGCACAUUCCAGUCGAGGUGCCCGUUGUCAAGGAGCACCCUGUCAUCAUCAAGAAGCCCGUUCCCAUCAUCUUGGAAUCCAAGGGAUGGCACUGAGUGAUCCUCCCGGGAAGCCCGGCCGCGCCUGCGACCACUCUCUGACGUCGAAAGACCCUUACUCGCAAAAACGCGGCGAGGAGGAACCGCUGAAUACGUCUGCGAAACGUCGCAGAGCGGCCUGCUGAACCCAGAGGAGGAGUCGACCACACGAGGAACGGACGAAAACUAGACACCAGGACAACAGCGACACCACUGCGAUCAUCCAGCCGCCGGAAGCGUUCGAACCGCUUCCUGCGCGCUCGGAGCCUUUCCUACAGAGUGAGAGAGACCAACCACGUCACCACGAUGACCACUGCUACAGCGGCGGCGCCACGUUUACCAAGAAACCUGGAAACGACGGAGCACGCCAGACCAACACACCCACAAACCUCUAAACACAGUUUACAGACACAAGACACACACACACACACACACCUAGAGCCAGAUUCUUCCCUCUGCCGGAGUCGGCGGUUCGAAUUACGUGUAGGGCUUCUUCCUAUCGGCUCCCGCGCACAUUUCGAGAGCAGCCUAGCACUCCUGUUCCCAACUUUCGAGCAGAGCGGAAUCGCCAAGUGUCCUUGUACAGCUCAAGUCACGCGUGAUCUGUAUUUUUGCUUCCUCUGUAAAUGCCAAGCGGCAGGAGCAGCUUUUUUGUUAGUUACUUCACAGACCAACCUUAUAGGAUCCUCUGACGAUUAUCCUUCAUCCUAGUAGCUGCUUAGUUCUUCACAUUCUGUCUAAUUAAUGUCUGGCUUGCCACCUUUACGUUAUUUUUUUAUUGAAGGAACUUGUUUGACACUUUCAUCGUGUCUUGUUAUUGCUUUUAUAUUUUCUGACUUAGUGUGAAUAUUGUUGUAUAUAGCAAAUUGGGUGCGUGGGAUCAUGGGCGGCUGAACGACUGGGGCGCAGCGCCGUCAGAGAGGACGACACGAAAAACGACCAUCAGCUAAAAAAGAAAAAAAUAUGAGAGAAAAGAACAAGCGAAGAAUGAGAUGCUUUCCUUGAAACUGCCUACUGUAAUUAUAUGUUGUAUAAUAAAUCUUGUCAAGUUUUUACUUUU